AUGAUACCCGCUCACUGCCGUCAGCGUCAACCGGACGCCACCAAGUGGGCCGUGGAAGCGCCAUAUGUCAGCAGUCCCAGCUACCCAGCUGCCAUAUGGCAACAACGUCCGGCAUACCCUCUUGUGACGCAGCCGCGUCCACUGGUACCUACGCCGAGGACACGCGCACGGUACCCGCUACGCCUUGCUCCACCUGCUCGUCACAACCCAGUCGCCAUCUCUCCCCUCGUGUCACCGAAUAAGCCGGGAACACUGCUGGAUCCAUCUAUUGCGUACCCUUGCGGCAGCUAUGACGCCUACCUGGAGGCGAAGAUGAGGCGACAACACAAGAAGAAGGGAGACGAUUAUGAGUCCACGGACACCUCGUCCCUCGCCAGCCCAGAGGAACGAGAACGCAAACAGCGAUCGCGCAGCUACUUCUACAAGGGUCUCAAGCUGCCCAGCGGUCGCCUGGUGGACAUCCGAUACCGGAACAAAUACAUUCGGUACUUAGCGAAUUCGGUACUUAGGACAGUUGGUUCGUCGGUGCAGGUCCAACAAGCGCGUACCUAA